AUGAUUUCGGCAUUCGGCGAGACUACUGCUACCCCAUACUUCAUCUACCGUCUUCGCGACGCCAUGCUUGCCGACCCCACAGGCCGUCGUAUCCUUCGCGACCGCCCCCGCAUGACGUCUACCUCCCUCAACCUCGAGGUUUCUCCAGACACACGGCCGCACGUUCGGUUUAUCGACGACGCCGAGUGCGCGUACGUCAUGCAGCGGUACCGCGAGUGUCACGACUUUUACCACGCCCUCACGGGACUCCCCAUCGUGCGCGAGGGCGAGGUCGCGCUAAAGGCCUUCGAGUUUGCAAACUUGGUGAUCCCCAUGACAGGGCUGAGCACUCUGUCUGUGCUGACACUGAAGCCGGCAGAGAGAAAGCGAUUCUUUGAAACGUACCUGCCCUGGGCGCUGAGAAACGGGCUCAAGGCAAAAGACGUCAUCAAUGUGUACUGGGAGGAGCAGAUGGAGAGGGACGUGGGCGAGCUGCGGGCGGAGCUGGGCAUAGAGAAGCCCCCGAUAUGCGGCAUAUACGCAAGCAGGCAAGGGAGGAGAUGA